ACCGAAAGCCUUAGCUAGGUCGACACUCACACCAAUACUGAUUUUGUUAGUAGAGGCACUGUCAAAUAAUCUGUUCGUGACAUAGAAGAAAUCAAAAGUUAGAAUUGACCAGAUCUUUUUGCCAACGUUGAUGCCAACGAUGCCAACGUUGAUAAUGUGGGAGAAAGUCAAAUAGCAGAAAACGUUCUGUUUUUUUUUUAUAUAGCUGAACAGAGCUCAUCGAGUUGUAUAAUGUAAAUAUCAUUUCUAAGUUCUUUAACAUGACUUUCUUGCGGAAGAAUUGAAAAAUCUUAAAAACGUUAAAUUGGCCAGAUCUUUUUAGUCGACUUUGUUUGUUCUACAUCGAGGAACAAAAGUAGAUAUUACUUUCUUUAAAGUACUUCUUUGGCGAAAAACUGAAUUUUCGUUUUAGUCUAAUGGUUUUUCACGUUGAAGGGAGUAGGCAUUUAUUGAUAACGACGUGAAGGCUCACUGAAAUUUACUUGAAAUUUUGACACAUAGGAAAGGAACAACCUAGAGUCGAACGUACAUAUCGAAAAUAUCUCUAUCGGAUUUCUAGAGCCACAAAAAAUUCCUCUUCGGUUGAAAACAAUACUAAUGAAUAUUAUGCAGGUAAAACAAAUGAUAUUGAUCAACGAUACGCCCAAUAUCUUGCUGGUAAAGGUACCGUAUGGACAAAACGCUAUCUACCAAUUAAAAUAAUUUUAUCUCGAACUAUGAAAGAUAAAUGUGAUGAAGUUACUACAACAUUAAAGUACAUGAAACAAUAUGGUGAACGAACAACAGAAGUUGCUGUUAAAAGAAAGAACAAUAUAACGCACUCUUAUACCGUGCUGCCUAUUACAUCAGCUGAUAGACGUUUAUUAGAUAAAUUCUUACUUAUUCUUCGAGAAAAAGAAAAUCAAUUCGGUCAAAGAGUGCAAAUAGAUUUAAUUGUACCACCAAAUAUUAUAGUAAGAGCUUCAAAAUCCGGAAAAAGUAGCGAUGGAAAAUAUCGCACGUUUUUGAAUGAAGUUUUACGGUCUUUGGUUGGUAAAAAAUUUCUUCUAUUGCUUGAUUCUUGGAAACCUCAAGCUGAUCUAGAGAAAUUUAGAGCAGUAUUUCCAAAUGAAGAUAGUCAAUUACUAAUUUUUUCUGAAGAAUCAACUGGUUAUAUUCAACCAAAAGAUUUAUCUUUGUUCCGCUCAUGGCGAUUUAUUCACAAGAAAAUUGAACAUUACACUCAUAUUAAUCGAACGAAAAUGAUUAUAAGUGAUCGCCAAAAGAUUGACAAUGAACCUUAG